AUGUUUGCAACAACUUCUAACAAGGAGCCUGAGCCAAAGAAAAAUGUUUCAGAUAAUGCAAGUAGGACUAAAUUGUCAAACACUCUUGUUGAAAAAAGUAUAGAAAGGGAAGUAUCUUUAAAAAGAAACAAAGGAUUGAAGAUUCAAGAUCCAAAAGAUCAAUCUUUGAUUUCAGAAAGGAAUCCACCUUUGGAUCCAAAUAGGCAGCCCAUGAAAAAGGUGGUUAUUGGAGAUGGGUCGUUGGAAAGACAACAAAUUAUGGAGAAAAGAUCUAUUGAAAAUGACACUUCAAGGUCAAAGGAAAAAUCAAGGAGAAUUGUAGUUGUUGAAGAUGAGUUAAGGGAAAAAAUGAAACGAGCAAAAAAGGAUGGAGAAGAAGUCACUCAAGCUGAAAUGUUUAUUGAAACUCGAAAAAGUCGCAAGGGAAAACAAGUGGAUGGGGAAACCCAAUUUGCUAUUGAUCAACUUCAAGAAUCUAUUGAAGACUCAGUUGAAGCUGGAACACAAGCAUUUCAAUCAUUGUUUGGGAAAGAAAAGCCCGGUAGAAUUUCUGACAUGGCGCAAAAGAUGGGAGCAAUGGAGGCACUUUUGAAAAGCAUGUAUAUGCAACAAAAUCCACAUUUAAGUGAAGAGGAAGUAGAUGAUAAGAUGAGAGAAGCUUUGCACAAUGAUAAUAUUCCAACACCACGCUCAUCGACAUCAACAUAUGCUCCUUCUCAUCAAAAGUUUUAUAAGUUACUCAUUAAGUUAAUGGUUAGAAACAAAGAUGAUCCUCAAGAUGAACAAGAUGAUGAUCUUCAAGAUGACGAUAAUCUUCAAUAUAAUCAAGAUGAUGAUGAUCUUCAAUAUGAUCAAGAUGAUGAUGAUCUUCAAUAUGAUCAAGAUGAUAAUGAUCUUCAAUAUGAUAGUUUUCAAGAUGAUGAUUCCCACGGGCCUCAACACAAUGAAUAUGAUAAAGACCGCCAUUGA